UCCUCCCCAGCCGCUCCCGCAGGCACCCGCCCCGCCCAGGCGCUGCUUCCGGCCCCCUGGCCCCGCCUCCGUCCACGCAGGCCGGCCCCACGAGAUGCAUGGCCAUUGGCCAGCUCCUUUCUAGGCCUCGCCCCCUCAGCUUCCACUUCUGCUAUUGGGGCAGACAGCUGCCCGUCAGCGCCGUCGCCUGGCAACGAGGGCGGGCUGCUCGGGGGAAAAAAACCGUGAGGGCGGCCUGACUGGCUGGUUCCGGUGGGUGCUCGGGCGGUGGGCUUCGUUGGUGGGGCCGCGCCCCUGGAGGGGACCAGGCACCAGCUGGCACAGUCCCCCUCCUUCUAGAGAAGAGGAGGGCCUCGGGCAGACCGGCCCCUGAGCCCAGGGCUCGAAGUUUUCCUUCUUGGCCCUCACACGGCUGGGAAACUGGAGUGGAAGCAUUAGAUCAGGUGGCCCGUGAGUGACAGCCCCGAGCUGAGCCGCGUGAGCCCUGCUCUCCAGCGGCCUUCGCAAGUGCUCUGAGGUCCCUGUCCCAGUCCCUGCCUGCAUCGUUCUCCGCAGGACAGAUGGGUCCCCUGCCAGGACGGCUGGCAUCAAAAAAAUAGAGAAGUAAUAGAAGCAUCCCGGAGGAGAUGGAGACGUGGGGACCCUCGCGCUUUGCUGCUGGGAACGGAAAAUGGAACACCGUUUGGUGGUUCCUCAUGAAUUAAACAUUGGGUCACCAUCUGACCCAGCGACUCGGUUCCUAGAGAAUCGUGCCAGACACGAAGAGGGAUGGGGAACAGCAGAAGCCAGGCGGGGCAGAAUUUUUGCUCCCAGUUCCUUCCCGAGGAGCAGGCGGAGAUCGACAGACUGUUUGACGCUCUGUCGUCGGAGACACACGGCUCAGACACCUCGCCCAGGUCCUUCUCCCUGAAGGCGCUGAAGAACCAUGUUGGGGAAGCUCUUCCCCCGGAGAUGGUCACCAGAUUCCAUGAUGGCAUGCGGAGGGUCGACCUGACGGGGAAGGCCAAGGGGCCCAGCGACAACGUCUCCCAGGGGCAGUUCACGGUGUCCAUGUCCCGCCUAUUGAAGGGAAACUCCGAGGAGAAGAGUCUCGUAAUCCUGAAAAUGAUUUCUGCCACAGAAGGUCCUGUGAAAGCAAGAGAAGUCCAGAAGUUCACAGAGGAUCUGGUUGGCUCUGUGGUGCACGUGCUCAGCUACAGGCAGGAGCUGAGAGGCUGGACCCAGAGGAGAGGCCCAGGCCCCCCCGCCAGGGUGCAGGCGUUGGCUGCCCAGCUCUUCUCCGAGAUGGACGCUCAAGGUGGCGAGAAACUUCCGGGGCCUCAGCAGCUGGACCGUGAGUGUGACCGAGCCAUGAUCGAGGCCUGGGUGUUCAGGGCCCCCCUCGUGGCCACGUUUCUGAGCGUGGUCAUCCACAGAGGCUUCCUCCUGCGCUCCCCCCUCGACCUGGCCGCCCUCGUCCCCGAGCGUCAUGUUGACCAGGAGAGGGUGUUCGAGAGCAUCCUGGACGUCCCGUCGGUCAUCUACCUCAGCUCCCACCUGCGCCGCGAGCAGCAGCAACGCUGGCGGCUGCUCUUCUCGUCCGAGCUGCACGGACACAGCUUCGCCCAGCUGUGCGGCCGCAUCACCCACCGGGGCCCCUGCGUGCUGCUGCUGGAGGACCACGACGGCCAGGUGUUCGGCGGCUUCGCCUCCUGCUCCUGGGAGGUCAAGCCUCAGUUUCAAGGGGAUGACACGUGCUUCCUGUUCUCCAUCUCGCCCCGCAUGGCCAUGUACACGUCCACGGGUUACAACGACCACUACAUGUACCUGAAUCACGGGCAGCAGACGAUCCCGAACGGACUGGGCAUGGGAGGACAGCACAACUACUUCGGGCUGUGGGUCGAUGUGGAUUUCGGGAAAGGACACAGCAAGGCCAAGCCCAAGUGCACCACCUACAACAGCCCUCAGCUGUCGGCCCAGGAAAACUUCAGCUUUGAGAAGAUGGAGGUGUGGGCCGUGGGGGACGCCUCAGGGUCGCAGCAGGCCAAGAGCAACAAGAGCAUCCUGGACGUGGACCCCGAGGCCCAGGCCUUGCUGGAGAUCACCGGGCGGAGCCGCCACAGCGAAGGGCUCCGAGACAUCCCAGAGGCCGAAUGAGGAGGUUUCCCCGAGCUCGGGCCUGCCUGGGUGCUGGCGCCUGGACAGAGGGCAGCCUGCGGGGCCCUCCCCAUGGCACGCGUUCAACACAGGGCCGCGCUGGCCAUGUCCUGCUGGUCUGGGAUGCGCUGAAUCGGAACCCAGUAAAAUUCCUUUGGUGCCGCAUGUGGAUUGGUGGGUACACUUCGCAGGAACCCUGGGUGUCCGUUGGCAGCUUAAGACUUACAGGCUGUUUCUUGUCCUUGAAAUCCGGAGACACGGACGCUUGAGACCUCCGCCCGAGUUCGCGUCUGCUGGGCUCGCAUGUUCCGGCCGUGCAGGGCAGGGCUCCGCCUGCCGGGGUCACCUGGCCCCCCGGCCCCCCGGCUCAGGCCACUGAAGUUGAAAACAUGCAUCGAUGUUCCCUUCCGGCUGGUAGACGGCGGGCACGUUGGGCUGUGAGUCUCAGUGCCUUUUGGGAGCAGCUUCCUAUGACCGGAAAUUUGUAUUUACCAAAAAGCACCAACAGCGAGAAAGCAGAUGUCCCCACAGGUGCUUGUAAUAAGGUCCCCUUUCCCCCGCACCCUCACAGCUGCUUUUAAAUGAGUCUGUGCCACAGUCUACACGGGUUCCAGGUUCCAGGCAGUUCCACUGCUAACUUAAAUGGGAUUUCGGAAGCUCUGAGAGGUCCUCUGGCAUGAAUUAGUGGUGAGUAACUUGACCCUACUGGCCUGGGUUCCUGACCACUGCCUCAGUGUCACUGUCCAGCCUGGUGGCCCCCAAAGGCGUGACGGGUCCUCUGACAGCAGGGACUCACUUGAAACGGACUUGAGUGAUCCCGGCGAGCCACCGAGACCCUGGGUGAGGGUCUGAGGCCGGGCCGGGGAAUCGAAGCCCGCUUCGAGAGGUCUCUCCUUCCCGGAUGGAGCCGUGGGCUCGGCUCUGAGACCUACACCUAGUUCUUGGGUCUUUCGCUGUCAACUUGAACUUUCUGGAGAUGGGACGGAUAUGGGGCCUUUCAUUCUAGAACCUUCCUGCUGGGAAGCCACAGUAAACGAAGCUGUUCGCAUCUAGCAGGUGUGGCCUUUUCUCCCAGGGGGCUCCCCAAACUUUGCCCUUAGCAGUGCCCCCCGACUGAGCAGAAGGCCUUGCAAAUGAGCUUCUAAAAGAAAAAUGUGUGUCCAGACUACGCAGAGGGGCGGCCUGACCUGGACAUAGUCGUGAUCGAUUUUCCUCCUGAAAGGUCAGUUUUUCGUAAGCUGCUCAGGUACAUUGUGGGGUCUCCCCAGCCGGUGGGGUAGAAACCGGGGAGGGGAGGCUCCUCGGAUAUCCUGACCAUAAAACCAAAGAGUUCGGUCGGUCCUGCUCCUUCCAUUGUUCUGGAAUUUCUUUUGAUUAAAAAAGCAACUGAAUACCUCACUAGUAACACGUCUGUUGGUGUUUGUACCUCGCGCCCCGUCGUCUGGCUGUCAGGCUUGGAUUUUGUUGGUGGACGCCCUGUGUCUUGGGUCUCUUGUCAGAGGGCAGGUGACAAGCAGGGACCCGUUCACCAGGGGGGCACGCGCACACAGGGCAAGGCAGGGUCCCAGCCCAGGCGCUCGGCCCGCUGCGGGGUGCGGCCCUGCCAGUGGGCUUGUCUCACUGGAAGGAUCUCCGCAUACAAACCUGUUGAGGGGUCGCCGCAGCUAGGACCACCGGACCUGGGAAACCCCAGGCCUGGGACACACACAGAGCUGGUUUUACCGGCUUACAGGGUUCUUCCACGCAACAGAAAUAAGGAUUCGGGACAAGUUUCUCUGUAAGUGAAGAUCAAUCAGGGCCCCAGAAGGUGCUGGAAGGAAGAGGUAAGAGGAUGGGGGUCCGUGGUGUCAACAUGGCUUCCGUGGCCGGGACCGUGGCUCUGCAGCCGGUCGUGGCUGUCGCACCUCUCCCGGAGUGUGUCUCGAUGGGAUUUUUGUCGGGACAAAUGAACUCUUAGGAGUUGAAUUGUUGAAUCAAAUGAUGCUUCUUAAUUUAGAUGCUGACCGACGAGCAAAGCUCUCGAGUUCAGUUUAUGUCCUGACGCCCCUCCGUGCCUGUAGGCCGUGGGUCCUGACUCCGUGUUAGGACGGUCUUCGUGGGCCUGGCGUUUUCUGAGUGACCGUGUGGCUUCGGCUGUCAAACACUGCCUGGGGCCUGCCCUCCACCAGGUUCUGUGGGACGCGGGUUUUCUUCGGACCGAUUUGCAAGAGCGCCUGUUCGAAGGAAGCAUUUGUUCGCCGAGUAUUUUUUCCAGUUUGUUUGGCUUUAUUUUUGUAUGUGCGAAUGACGCGUCUGUCCCGUUGACCAGCGUUUCCUCGUAAGGCUUGAGAUUUGCAGUUUGCUUAGAAAGCUUUUUUCCCCCACUCUGGGAUUUAAA